CAAAAAUCUUGUACAUGCAAUUACUAAAGAUAAGACUUUAAGAAAAGAAAUAAGAAAUGAUGAAUACGAAGAGUGUAGCCAUGUUGAUGAUGGUGUUGAUGGUACUAUGUGAGUUUUCUGGCACAUGUGCUCGUCAUCAUCAUCAUCAUCAUCAUCAUUCUCCUUCUCCAUCACCUUCACCAGAUUCUGACUCCCCUUCUCCUUCUCCUUCACCAGAUUCUGACUCUCCUUCUCCUUCGCCGUUUAUGGAUCACUCGAAUAAAUGCCGUAAUUCACGAAAUGGGGUAUUCAGCCGGAAAAGAAACAUAUUGCGUACUUGGUUGUUUUAUUCAUCAAUGCUUUCUCCUAGGCAUAAACUCAAACGAUUGGGACAAGUUCGGCUCAUGCAUUAAAGAAUGUUCGGAGCAAUGCAAAAGGAACAACAAAAGCGAUGAUAUAUAUGUCUAAAUUACUAAAGAGCAAAUGAUUGUUUGCAUGACUAAAAUUACUAAAGUACUAUCAUUUCAUAAUGUUUUCGUGAGUGAGAUGUAUAAUAAAAAUA